AUGGGGGAAAAUCUACUAAGAUACAGAUGGAUCAUAGGACUAAAUGGACUGCCCCCCCCCCCACCAGACUUCUACAAGGCUAACUGGGAUGCAGCUGUGGACAAAGAGAAUUCAAAGAUUGGAGUGGGUGUGAUUAUUAGAGAUUCGGGUGGUCUUAUCAUAGCCUCAUUAUACUCAUCCAUUUCUUUAAGUCAUGAUUCUUUACUUGGGGAAGCAGUAGCAGCACUUAGAGCCACUUCAUUGUGCUCUGAACUAGGCUUGCAGCAGAUCAUGUUAGAAGGAGACUCCAUAGCAGUGGGUCAGGCUGUCCAACACAAGGAUGAAAGCUGGAGCCCUACUGGAUUGGUGAUUAGAGAUAUUAAACUUUUACUAUCAAAAGUUCGGACAUGGUCUAUCCACCAUAUACCUAGGAAAUUCAAUGUAAUAGUGCAUGCUCUAGCUAAAUUUGCAUUGACAAGUUCAGAGGAACAUAUAUUUAUGGAGGACUACCCUCCAUGUAUCCAGCAUCUACUUUAA